AUGAAAAAUGGGGGGGGCAGAACACGACCAAAUUGGACUUUCACUGAUUUUAAAGACUUCAUUAACAAAAAUGAGCUCCUGGAUGUUGGUUUUGAGGGUCUCUCAUGGACUUGGAGUAAGCUUUGGGAGGGGGAGGGUGAAAUUAAACAGAGAUUGGACAGAGCUCUUGCAAGUGUUGAUUGGUGUGAGGUAUUCAAAGAUGCAAGAGUGACUCAUAUUGAGGUUGAAGCCUCUGAUCACAAUAUCAUUCUUUUGGAGACAGAGCCUAGAAUUAGGAAGCCAAAAAGAAGAUUUCACUUUGAUCCCAGAUGGCUACAAUAUAGGGAAGUAGAAGGCCUAAUCCAAGAGGCGUGGGGUAAAAAUCAAGUGGGGUCCAGGGGUGUGAGAAUCAGUAGGAAGAUCAAGCAGUGUAGAAUGUCUCUCUCGGCUUGGAGCAGAACAUUGAAGUUAAACAGCAGGAUAGAAAUUAAAAGGAUCAAAGAAGAGAUUCAAGAUUCGAGGACCAGAAAUGGAAGUGAUAAUAAAGAAACCAUAAGGAUGCUUAGGAAACAACUUUUUGAUGCCUAUAAGCAAGAGGAACUUUAUUGGAACCAGAGGGCAAGAAUCAAAUGGCUUCAAAAUGGGGACAAGAACACAACUUAUUUUCAUGCUGUGGUGAAGGGCAGAAGGAAAAGGAACAGAAUUUCCAAACUGGAGAAGGAGCAGGGAGGAUGGUGUGCAACUGAGGAGGAUAUUGGGGAGGAAAUUGCUCACUUUUACAGCUAG